CCCUACCUACAGUAGCACACGCACCGGCUGCUGCCGCCUGCCCCGCCGCCGCACGCCACCUGCCUGCCUCUCCUGCCGGCCGCCGCUAUGAAGCAGGCUCUGAUGGAGAUCAUGAGGAUGAAUCGGAUGUGCAGGAUGGUGCUGGUCACUUGCUUGGGAUCCUUCGUCCUGGUCAUCUUUUACUUCCAAAGUAUGUUGCACCCAGUUAUACACAGAAACCCAUUUGGGAUGGGCAUUUGUUGUCGGAAGGGGUCACGCAGUCCAAUCCAGGAGCUCUACAGUCCAACACAGGUGGACCUUUCCGGUAAUGCUCUUAUAUACCAGAUGAGACGAGAUCAGGUUACAGACAUGUGUCGGGCCAAUAAUGUGUUGAACAGGAAGCGUCGCAUGCUGACUCCCAAUGACCUGAAGCACUUGGUGGUGGAUGAGUACCAUGAGAUGAUUUACUGCUAUGUGCCAAAAGUAGCCUGUACAAACUGGAAGAGGGUAAUGAUGGUUCUUACAGGAAGAGGUAAAUACAGUGAUCCCAUGGAAAUACCAGCCAAUGUAGCCCAUGUUCCAUCCAAUCUGAAGACCCUCAACCAGUACAGUAUUCCAGAGAUCAACCAUCGAUUGAAAAACUUCAUGAAGUUCCUCUUUGUCCGUGAACCUUUUGAGAGGUUGGUUUCAGCCUACAGAAAUAAAUUCACCCAGAAAUACAACACCUCUUUUCACAAACGCUAUGGCACCAAAAUAGUAAGGCGGCAACGGAAGAAUGCCACCCAAGCAGCACUGCAUAAUGGCAAUGAUGUCAAGUUUGAGGAGUUUGUAGCUUAUCUUAUUGAUCCACACACCCAAAAAGAAGAGCCAUUUAAUGAGCACUGGCAAACUGUGUUUUCACUCUGCCACCCAUGUCAAAUCCAUUUUGAUUUCAUAGGAAAAUAUGAAACAUUAGAAGAGGAUUCAAAUUAUGUCUUGCAGCUGGCAGGAGUGAGAGACUACCUAAAAUUCCCCACGUUUGCCAAGUCUACCAGAACUACUGAUGAAAUGACUGCAGAGUUUUUCCAAAACAUCAGUUUAGAGCACCAAACGCAACUGUACGAAUUAUACAAACUUGAUUACUUAAUGUUCAACUACUCAGUUCCAGCUUACCUGAAAUUGGAAUAAGCACCCAUCGUUAUGUCCAAUGAAGACGUUUGUUGCAGUGUGAAUAGAGGGACAUUUUGUACAUUAAUGGAAAGCUGAGAUGGGGAAGGGGGGGAUGUACCAAAUGUACUGCGAGCAGUACAAACAAAAGUAUUUACAAUUCUUCAAAAUGAAAGAGACCGCUCUCUAAGAUGAAUUAAAACUAAUCUGAAGACAUACAGACUACUACUAUGCGCAUCUGAAUUUCAACGGCGCCUUUAUUCUGUAUGUAAAUUGUCUAUAAAUUAUUUAUAGUUAUUUAAACAAUGUCUCUUGGUCUGAUUAAGUCUACUGUAUGUCUAUAUAUAGAUAUAUCUUUAUAUUUGCAUUAUAUCUAUAUAUACAGAUUUGUUAUAUUUGUAUGUGUGUAUAUAUACAUAUAGAAAUGUAUAUAUGUACAUAUUUUGAGAGCCAAAUAUUAAGCAACUCAUUUUCAUUGUUUAAAUCCUUCUUGUCCAAUUUAGUAGAUUAUCAAAUCACCUGAGUAAACUGAAUUAUCUGACCUGUAUGCCUUGGCUUAAGUGUUAAAUCCAGAAUACAUGUUCAUCGGCUUAAUUGGUGUAAGUGCUUUAGAGUAAAAAAAACUCUUUACACUGUAUAAUCUUCUAAUAUCUACUGAUACCCAUUUUAUUUACAAUUUACACACACAUUAGAUUCCAUUACGGAUAAUUUCUUCAGACCCACAUAGUAUUGACAACGCAGACCAGCCUGUGCUUUUGGGCAGGGUUAUUUUCUUAAUGUUUUAGAAGAUCAUUCAGCAGGACGUGUUAUAUCAGUUCCUUUUGGAAUUGCCCAUUGUAUUUAAACGAAGAUUUUAUGCAAAAAUUGGAUCGUUAAAGACCAAUUAGUUUUUCAGGUUCUGUUUAUAAGAAUAUAGCUUUAUCUUCUGGUGGUGCUCCAUGUAUCUCCCAGCAUAGUGUACAUGCAUUUCACUGGGAUAGCUUAACUUUUAAACCCCUAGGACUAUGAUGAUGGCACUUAGUGUUAGGUAAAUGGUCAAAGCUUCACUGAGCUUCUGGCCAGUAUCCCCUCAUCUGGUAAAAUGUCCCUACACAUCUGUCCAAUGAGUAGCAGAAGAAUUUGUUGGCUGGUCAAUGACGUAAUAGAAUUCAGUCACACUUAGCACUGCUGGAAGAUUCUGAUCUCCUUGAGCAGCAUUAGAGACUACCCAGACAGCAGAACAAAGCACACAAUGAUCUAGUAACCGGCUAUAUAAAACAAAUUAAAAUGUCAACGUACAGUACAUCCAAAUUCUCAAAAUACUAUACACUAAGUUUUAGGUCUCACUUUUCACUGUUGACUUGGCUCUUAACAUGAGAAAUAUACCUACCAUUGAUGUAUUUAUUAGAAGUUCAAAACCAAAAUUAAUGUAGCAUAAAGUCGCAAAUAUUGAAUUACAAGUGUGCCACAAUUAUGGUUUUGCUGAAACAUGUAUUUUGCAAAUAAGUAUUUAAGUUCCAUUUUGCCUCUUAAUAAUGCAAGGUGUUCUCAUUAUUUACCUGCAAUGAAUAAUAUGACUUAUUUCUAUAAGUCAUCUAAAAGUGGAAGAGCACGCCCUGCACUGCUGGGCUGGAAUGAGCCGUGAGAUAGGAAUAGCACAUUUCUUGCUUAUGACCAUAUAGUAUUUGCCAGACAACAUAGCGGCCUAUUGCAAUCCAUAAAAAAAGACACUGCCUCCACCUGUCCUGUCAGGUAUUGUAUUUUCUUUUCCUGCUGGUCAGUAAAUGCUGAGUUUUAUUGCUUUAUUUUGACCUUAAUGUGUUCCACAUUUAUGGGUCACAGACGAAAAUAUUAUUGUGAUAUAGAUAGUAAUGAUACAUUGAAACUGUUGUGUGUUCCUCUCAAGUGAGGCGUACUGUUAUCAUUUUGUAUAUAAUGUUCUUUCUUUUCCCUCCGCUUCAGGUCUGUGCAUCACUUUGCAGAGCGAUGUCUUGCAUGCACCUCAAGCGCUUUAAAUGGCUAAAAGAAAUCUGUAUUCUACUGAAUGGCCAAAAGAUAAUUUAUUAAUAAUGUUUUAAAUUGUACAAAACAUUGAUCCAAAAUAAAUUCAUUACUUAUGCA